AUGUCAGUGUCCGGCAAGAAAGAGUUUGAUGUGAAACAGAUCCUCAGGCUACGCUGGAGGUGGUUCAGUCAUCCUUCUCAAGGCUCGCCCAGCACUGGAAGCUGCCUUCAGCAGGAAGGAUAUGAGCAUAGAGGGACCCCGGUUCAGGGCAGGUUGAAGAACCACUCUCGGGACAGAAACGGACUAAAGAAAAGCAGCAGUCCUGUCCACCACAAUAUACUGGCACCAGUGCCAGGACCGGCUCCUGCCCAUCAAAGAGCCCUUCAGAAUUGGCACCACCAAAACCUUCUAGAACAUCUUCAAGCAAAUGAAGAUACUCCUAAAGCAGUUACAGGAGAGAAUUUGUUCAAAGAAGCUUAUGAAAAACGCUCACAAGAUUUGGAGAUGAUGGCUGAUGACAACAUAGAAGAUUCUUCAGCAAGACAGUAUACUCAACAUCCUGAAGAAAUGAAUGUUUGCAGAUCUGAGGAGCAGUUCCAUGCUGUAAACCAUGCACAGCAAACUCUUCGUAGAAUGGAGAACUACUUGAAAGAGAAACAACUUUGUGAUGUGCUACUCAUUGCUGGACACCUUCGAAUCCCAGCUCAUCGAUUGGUUCUCAGUGCAGUGUCUGAUUACUUUGCUGCAAUGUUUACUAAUGAUGUUCUUGAAGCCAAACAAGAGGAGGUCAAGAUGGAAGGAGUAGAUCCACAUGCACUCAAUUCCUUGGUGCAGUAUGCUUACACAGGUGUCCUGCAAUUGAAAGAAGAUACCAUUGAAAGUCUGCUGGCUGCAGCUUGUCUCCUGCAGCUGACGCAAGUCAUUGAAGUCUGCUCCAAUUUCCUCAUAAAGCAGCUCCAUCCCUCCAACUGCUUAGGGAUUCGCUCAUUUGGAGAUGCCCAGGGUUGUACAGAGCUCCUGAACGUGGCACAUAAGUACACCAUGGAACACUUUAUUGAGGUAAUAAAGAACCAGGAAUUCCUCCUACUUCCAGCCACUGAAAUUUCAAAACUUCUGUGUAGUGAUGACAUUAAUGUACCUGAUGAAGAAACCAUUUUCCACGCUCUAAUGCAGUGGGUAGGGCAUGAUGCACAGACCAGGCAACGAGACCUGGCGAUGCUGCUUUCCUAUAUCCGACUGCCAUUACUUCCUCCACAGUUAUUGGCAGAUCUUGAAAACAGUUCCAUGUUUAGUGGUGAUCUGGAGUGUCAGAAGCUCCUGAUGGAAGCUAUGAAAUAUCAUCUCUUACCUGAGAGAAGACCCAUGAUGCAAAGUCCUCGGACAAAACCUAGAAAAUCAACUGUGGGGGCCCUUUAUGCUGUGGGAGGCAUGGAUGCUUUAAAAGGUACCACUACAAUUGAAAAAUAUGACCUCAGGACCAACAGCUGGCUGCAUAUUGGCACCAUGAGUGGCCGCAGACUUCAGUUUGGAGUUGCAGUUAUCGAUAAUAAACUUUAUGUUGUGGGAGGAAGAGAUGGUUUAAAAACUUUAAAUACUGUGGAAUGUUUUAACCCAGUUGGCAAAAUCUGGACUGUGAUGCCUCCCAUGUCAACUCAUAGGCAUGGCUUAGGUGUAGCCACUCUUGAAGGACCAAUGUAUGCUGUAGGUGGUCAUGAUGGAUGGAGUUAUCUAAAUACUGUAGAAAGAUGGGAUCCUGAGGGACGCCAAUGGAAUUAUGUGGCCAGUAUGUCAACGCCUAGAAGUACAGUUGGAGUUGUUGCGUUAAACAACAAAUUAUAUGCUAUUGGUGGACGUGAUGGAAGUUCCUGCCUCAAAUCAAUGGAAUACUUUGACCCACAUACUAACAAGUGGAGUCUGUGUGCUCCAAUGUCCAAAAGACGUGGAGGUGUGGGAGUUGCAACACACAAUGGAUUCUUAUAUGUUGUAGGAGGUCAUGAUGCCCCUGCUUCUAAUCACUGCUCCAGGCUUUCCGACUGUGUGGAAAGGUAUGAUCCAAAAAAUGAUUCAUGGUCGACUGUGGCGCCUCUGAGUGUCCCUCGAGAUGCUGUUGCUGUGUGCCCCCUUGGAGACAAACUUUACGUGGUUGGAGGAUAUGAUGGUCAUACCUACUUGAACACUGUUGAGUCGUAUGAUGCCCAGAAAAACGAAUGGAAAGAGGAAGUCCCUGUGAACAUUGGAAGAGCUGGUGCAUGUGUAGUGGUUGUGAAGCUGCCCUAAAGCUAUCUGUAGCAAAUGGAAUCAAACUAGAAAAUGUUAUGAAAUGUAGCAGGAAGAGAAAGAAGAAACAUGUUCUUUUCUGCAACUAAUAAUCAAACUCGAAAAUUGUUGUGUUGUUUUACUGUGUAGCUAUAGUGUCAUUUGUGAAGCCAUUGAGGAUUUUCAAACAUGUGUGACAUAUGAGUGUUAAGUGUAUGUGUUGUCACAGCUGAUAAUAUAAAGCAAAAUCUAGUAGUCUAGGUUUCAUCUUCUUGCUACAAAAUGUUAAAAUACUUAAUGAAAAUUGACAGUGGCCAAAGCAGGAAGGUUAUAAAAGCACUAGAAAUUUACAAGUUAAAAGCUUGAGAAGUUAAAAGGAUGUUCUAUUUUUAUUUUUUUUAAAAAAGCUAUUAUCUAGAAUACAACUUGAUUGAAAGAGAUAAUCUAAAGCUUAGAAUAUAAAGUAUGAGUCUCAGUAAGACAUAAUUCUCUUGUUCAAACUGUAUCCCAAAUAGAUAAAUAGUAUCCUAAAUUUACCAAGAAUAAAGAUUUUUUUCAGUAACACAGUUUCUCAAAAUUUCACAAAUUACUCUUUUUUCAGUAUCUGCCAGAGUACACAUAUAGAUUUGGUAUGUAUUGACAUAUUGUGUUGGAUUAGCUACCAGUAAAAUAUUAUUGUAAUUUCAUUUCCACAAUCUAUACAAGACACUGGAAAUUUAUUUAUUAACAAAAUUGUGACCUCAGCUUCAGAGUGUCAGGGUCUCUCUUGUUUAGAAAGUAAUAUUCCUCUGAAACAUUUAUGUGAAUUGUCUAAACACCUACCAGUAAGUAAAACAAGAUUUAAAAAAAAACUUUAAUUCUCAAAAUGCAUUAAAAUGGAAAAGAUGUUAUACAAUGAUAAUAGAUGGAAAAAGCAAAGUAUUCAAUAUACAUGGUCAAUUCUAUAGUUAUCUUUUGUAUGCCAUUAUGUGUGUUUCUGUUAAUGUUAUAUUUAUCCAGUAGAAAAUUUCAAGAAAAUAUGUACUACAAAAAAGGAUUAUAAAUUAAAAAACAACAAAAAAAGCUAGUUGAGUAGUAGUUUAGCUUUAGAUUCUUGAGUUUAUUCCAUCGAAUUUAAAACUAUUUAAAAUGAAAUAUUGAUAAAGCUUCUUUAUGAAAGUAACUUUUCAAGUAAAUGUACAAUUUUAGAAUUUCUAUAAUAUGUUCUUUUAACCAGACUUUGUAUUGUAGAUUGUGAAACCAAUAAAUAAAAUCCAGAGAAAUGCUUAUAAAAUGUACUUCUACCUUUUAAGUUUUUUCCAAAGAACAAUAUGAGUUGAACAAAGACAUUUGU